ACUUUUUCGGUAGAUUUUACAACAAAUAAUGCGAAAAUCAGAAUAAAUGGGUGCAAAUAAAUAACAUUUGUAUUCAAUUUUCUUAUAUUCAUUAACUGCUAAUUUCAAAAUGAUAUCUCGCAAGGGACAAAAAGCGAUCAAUGAAGGUGUCGUAGGUAAAUAUAUAAAAAAGGACACUCCGCCAGAUUUGCCAAUAAUAAAUGUUUGGACAACGGGACAUAACAGGAGGCCUCGCAGCCAACCAUUUGGUUCCAGUGAUACCAGUUCUCAAACCCAUGAAAACAAAUUUGGCAAAGCCCAAACCAUGAGUGGCCAUGCUGGAAAAUAUACACCAAGUGAAUCAGUUCCAAAUUUGGCUCACAGAUUCGCUAGUUUAUCAACAAGUGCCAGUGAUACAGCAAGCACUUCAAGCAACUACAAUUCACAGUUCCAUUUGGAUUCCAACUUGGCAUCACACUCCACCUUGAAUGAUAUUGAUGACUCCUUCAGUAGGCAGACUAGUUACAGAUAUUACAGGCAACAACAACAGGAAGACCCAAUAUAUCAGAAUCAGCAACAGGUUCAGCAACAAAAACAGCAGCAAUAUGGGUCAAGAGAAUCCAGCAUGCCUCGUCUCUCCUCGAAUCUAAGCUUGACGCCGCGACUGCACCCACCAUCCCCACAUUCUAUUCGCCUUCAUGGCUGUACUGAGACAUAUACAUCAAGCAGUCAAUCAUCUCCAAUUUAUUCCAAUUAUGUUAACACAUCCAUAUUACCUUAUCCUAAUAAAGGUCAUGGCAGCAAUAUUAUAUCUACAAGUCAAGGUUCGGAUGAAUGCGAGCUGCCGCUUCCCCCCGGCUGGUCGGCCGACCGCACGCUGCGCGGCCGCCGCUACUACAUGGACCACAACACGCAGACCACGCACUGGACGCACCCGCUCGAGAGCGUGCCUCGGCCCUGGCAGCGGGUGUCCACGCCGCACCACGGAGUUUACUAUUUCAAUGAGAUAACUCAUCAAACUACCUAUGCACACCCCUGUCUGGUUAGUGGAUGUUAUUUGGUCAGCCCUUAUGUUCCUACACUCGUUCCUCAUUAUCUACUUGAAGAAAUACCUCAUUGGCUGAUUGUUUACUCUAAAGCGGAUCAGGAGCUGGAUCACAAGUUACGGUGGAACAUGUUCAGACUCAGUGAGCUGGAUUGCUACUCAGAUAUGCUCACACGCCUCUACAAGCAGGAACUACAACUAAUUGUCAUGAAAUAUGAACAAUACAGAUCAGCUCUACUGCAAGAAAUAGAAAGGAGAAGGCAUGCUAUAACAUACCAUGGACACUAACUUAAAAUUUUUCAUUGUUAAUCAUUUGCCUUAUUCAGCUGUGAUCUAAAUGAAAAGAAUUGUGAAUAUAGAAUAUCAUGUCUUUCUUGAUGCAUAGUAUAGACUCUCUAUGAAAAUAUUUAUAUUAUACUUGUAGAAAAUUAGCUUUUAAAAUCAAUUUAUUACAAUAUCCAUUGACAACUAUUUUCUGGGUUGAAAAUCCAAUAUUAAAAUCUAUUUCAGUAGGUAGGUACCAUUUUUUACAAUAUUUUAAUUUCCUACUAUCUUGUCUUAUUAAUUAUGGAAAUCUUAUUUUUAAGUAUUGACUGUGAUGAUGACACAUGAAUUAACAUUUUUAUAAAAUUUUAAAUAAUUAGAUUAAGCAUAAUAUUCAUAUGAGCUUUGAAUAAUUCUCAUGAAUUGUAAUUAGGUAGAUAACUUUUUUAAAAUGUAACAAAUAUUUAUCUAAAAGUGCCUUGAAUUUAAAAAAUAUUUAAUGAAUAUAAACUGAGCUUUUUAUUAAAGAAUAAAAUUUACCUUUCUUGUUCAUUUAUGGUUUAUGUUCUUUCUACAUAAAUACAGCAAUUAAUUUAGAAUAUAUUGUAUUUUUUAAACUAAACUAUUUACAUGAUGGUAGUAGAUCUUUAGUCAUUAAGCAUUUCUUCAUCCUUGGUUUCAGGCUCGUUUUUCUGGUCACUCUGAGCUGCUUCUCCCUCAACAAUAUCAUACUCUCCAACCU